AUGGCAUUGCUGAACAAUGAUCAAAGAAAGUGUGUAGAGUCUAUUGGUUUUGGAUCCGCUUUAAAUAUACAAUUAGAAAAACUGCCGCGUAGGAUAUGUUAUUGGGUUGUCGACAACUAUGACCCAAAUACCAAUUCGAUUCGUGUAAAGGACAAGAGACUUGUUGUGACAAGGGAGACGGUACAUGAUAUAUAUGGGAUUCCAAUGGGUGACAUGCCAAUGUCUAACCCUUGUAGAGCAAACUCUAGAAACAAGUUUGUCAAACUUUGGAAAUCCCAAUUUCCAAAAUCAGUCAAACGAAUACGACUAACACACGUUGUAGACAUGAUACAAAAGGACACAAAUGUUGGUCCUUUUUUUAUUAUGAAUUUUCUUGUGUUGUUUGUAUCUGUGAUGAUUGAGUAUCCAACGAUGGGGACUGUCAAUCAAGGAUUCUUGGAGAAUAUUCCAGAUGAUAUGGAUAUCAAACAAUUAGACUGGUGCGGAUUUGUUGUAGCAUGUCUGAAAUCAAGUCGUAUGAUGUGGAGAAGAUUGGACGAUAAGUGCGUUUACAGUGGUCCCAUUGUAUUUCUUUUGUUGUUUUACCUUAGUUGCACAAAAGUUGAGGAUGCCACAUUUCAAAGUCCAACUACUGGAAUGAUGUAUUGGACAACAGACAUGUUAGAUAAGAGGGAGUUAGAAGAGUUGUCUAAAGGAGGUUUCGGAAAUGUAAUCAUAUCAUCACAACACAUGAGCAUGAACCACACUAAACAAGAAGAUGGCGAGGACGAUGAUGCUGCUGGAUCUGAAAGAGAUUGUAAAUCUCCUGCUGGUUUUAUUGAACAUGUAGUUCAAGAAACAUCACAAAGUGAAAAUGAUGCAGAUAACAACUUGAAGGAUAUUAUGAGCGAAAUUAACAUCGAAUUCAAUGCAUGCGACAAUGCAAUGCGAGCUAUACAGAAGUUGUUGAUGCAAGGUGUAAAGAAGUUUCCAGAUUCUGUCGAACUGCGCAUGUUAGUAACUAAAAGGCAUCACGAAUUCAAUCUGGCUUGGCCAGAUUUUUCAACAUCUGUUGACUCUCAUGCUGGGACAUUUUUCAAUGGAGCCGCGACACCUGUUAUGCCAGUCCGAGAUAAUACAGCUGAAACUAAAGUUGAUCAGUUUACGGAAGCUCAAAUGGCAGAUGAGCCACUUAUUGAUGUUGUGUGUACACCUUUUACACAAAUUCUUAAUGCAGAUGCUUUUGACAUGAUGUUAGAAUCGGCAUUUGCGACCUCUACAAGGCUUUCAACUCCAUCGGAUCAUGUCGAACCAAAUAUCAAAAUUGAUGAUGUAAACGCGGUUCCUGUUACUAUUGUGGCACCAAGACGGACAUCAAGAUUGGUGGUUAGUCCUGUCACUGUUGUGGCACCAAGACGGACAAGAAGAUUGGUGCAACUAACCGAGAAAAUUAGAUCACCUUAUUUUAAUAGGGUCGUUGAUCCAAACAAAGUUCUUAGACCAAUCGAGGACAGAGUGUCCGGUUGGAUUUUCGCAGGGCUGGACGAGGAAUGGGAUCUUGUAUUUGAAUCAACUUUUGGAGAUAGCGGACAUAGGGGAAUUUUUGAGAGUAUGAUUCCUGGAUCCAAAAUCCAUGUAACAAUAUUAGACAUUUGGGCUACUCUUCUAAACCAUCAGGAACUACGCAGAAAUAAGAAGUCACCAUCAAGGAUGUUUUUAUCCUGCACACUUCUGAGCAACUUCAUACUGGAUGAGGCGAUUUGUAUUGAGCAGCGAUACAAAAGGUUUGUUGAUCGCAUGAAUGAGCAUAUCGAAAAAUUCAAACAAUGCACAAGCUUCAAAGAUGUGGACCUUGUAUUCUUCCCCGUGCUUGACAAUGAACAUUACUACCUUAUUGUCUUUGAUUUCAUAAAAUCCGAAUGUGUAAUCAUAGACAACAUUUACCGUGAAGAGUCGAUUGAAGUGCUUUAUGGAAACGUGCCUAACGAUCUGAAAAUAUUGUUUACUCUGUACAUUGAUGCUUGGAAUCAUCCAAGAAGAAAUUCAAUGAAGAGUGCAAUCAUAGUUCGAUCGUCUAUGGAAUGGAUGACAAAGGAAAACUACAUAGAUUGUGGGUUAUUCCUUAUGAAACACAUGGAAACAUAUAAAGGUGGGGAUCCGAAUAAAUGGAUUGUGGGUUUGGAGCCUGAAUUCGCAGACAGUGAUGACCAACAAAUACAACUAAAUGAAUUGAGAAAGAAGUAUGUUACAAAAAUUUUGACAUCAGAUUUGAACAUUAUCAAACCAUCUGUCAACAGAAAGUUAGCAUCAUACGAUAAGUUAUCUGAUGCGGAGAAGGAAAACUUGAACACUGAAGAACAUCUCCAACGCAUUGAGCGCAGAAUCAGUUUGUUUUAUUAG